UCUGCUGUUCACACGCACCGGUGGCGGCGCUGGACACAGAUGCCAUGACAGCAAGAUCCGUGUCUAACGGGAGAGGGUGUUGUCUACAUGGGACCACAACACUGAUGAGAAUCCACGACCUUUAAACUGGAUUUCACAGAAUAACGGUGCAGUUGGAGAAGCGCCUAUCGCAUUAGGGAAAGCAAGAAGACGUUUGGUUUGUUUAUCUGGGAGAGAUCAACGCAUCUGGAGUCGAGUAGAAACAAUCUUUUACAGGAUGCAAAGGGGUUUCUCUGAGCAACAAAGAUGAGUGUGACAUCAUGGUUCCUGGUCAGCAGCUCUGGUACUCGUCACCGUCUACCACGGGAAAUGAUCUUUGUUGGACGGGAGGACUGCGAGCUCAUGCUGCAGUCUCGGAGUGUGGAUAAACAGCAUGCAGUUAUCAACUAUAACCCUGCCACAGAUGAGCACCUUGUGAAGGAUCUUGGAAGUUUAAAUGGGACCUUUGUGAAUGACUUGAGAAUUCCAGACCAAACAUACAUAACCCUCAAGCUGUCGGACAUCGUUCGUUUUGGAUAUGAUUCACAUGUGUAUAUUCUCGAGAAGAGUCAACAUAAAGUCCCCGAAGAGGCCCUCAAGCAUGAGAAGUACACCAGUCAGCUGCAGAUGGACAUAAAAUCUACAGAUGGGAAGCAACAGAACCUGCAGGAAGAAAAGACCAAACUAGAUCGUUCUGAACGCAAGAGUCUCACAGAGUCCCCUAUACCCCGGCCAACACCAUUGUAUGGACAGCCAUCAUGGUGGGGUGAAGAGGACUCUGGGAACAAGGGAACACACAAUGAAGUACUAAGGUCAGGGGAUAAUCAUUCAGAGAUCACAAAGGAGAUAGCUGAGGAUGAAUUUAACGUCUCUGUUCAAGAGAUCCGUGACAGCCAGGCCAAGUCAACGUACAUGUACAAUCGAGAGCCCAGCUAUUUUGAAAUUCCAACAAAGGAGUUCCAUAUUCAACCCAAGUCCCCAACGACGGAUUUGAUUGACAUCCCAACCAAAGACACCAAUGUUUCUCUGAUUUCUACUCCUCCAGUUGUCCAAAGUCAUGCUUCUUUUACUAUCGAGUUUGAUGACUGCAUGCCAGGCAAGAUUAAAAUCAAGGAUCACGUGACCAAGUUCUCCUCUCGUCAGCGAAGCAAGCAGCUGCAGCCCAGUAAUUCUCUGGCAGACACGCCCACAGAGGUUCUGUCAGCUGAGAGCAAGGUGGCAGAUUGGCUUGUGCAGAGUGAUGUCAGCAUGAUGUGCAGGCGGCCACCCUGCGAGGAUGUGUACAGCACUAAGAGUGACUUAGCAAUGCAUAUUCGGACACUCAAAGGACACCAUCAUGAUGAUGGAACCCAGAGUGAUUCAGAAGACCCUGUACUGAAUGGAAAACACAGCAAGUCACAUCAUUCUGUGCAAUCGCAAUCAUCAGUACAGUCACAGCAGUCAGCUCAAUCAAAGGCAUCUGAACCAUCAGAAUCAGUUCUGUCCCAGCCAUCUGUCUCAAUGCAAAAAACUCAUCAUCCUCAGUCAGUCUCACCACACAAACCCCAUCAAGGUGAUCUUGAUGAAAGUGAGGCACAUCCUGUACAAGAAGCCUCCUCCCCUCACCAGACGGAGGUUAAGCCCAUUCCCCCUGAGCCUCACACCCAGCAGGCCUUCAUCAUUGAGUUCUUUGAUGAUAAUCCCAGAAAGAAGCGAUCACAGUCCUUUACCCACAACUCUGCCCAUGCUGACUCCUACUCUGCAUUGAAGGCCAAACUAGAGAGACGCAAAGGUCUGGCUCAUGGGGAAAGGCCAGCCUCUGUGCAUGGGCAUCUUCCUCCAACACAGCAAAUCACUGUUCCACUGAAAGGUUCAAGCCAUGGAGGUUCACAGCGAUCAAGUUCACUGAAGAGAGAGAAAACAGAAGACAAUGGGACCAGCACAUCUUUAUUAGGGACCUCUUCUCGCUCUUCACCAGUUAUAACCAUUAAGCCUUUUGGGAGUGUGGGCAAGAAGUCCAAUCUUGCUCAGGAAUUUACUGCAGAGUUCUUGAAAGAUACAGGAAAAACUUCCCCACCUCCCUUGUCUGCCCCACCUGUGAUGGUAUCCCCAUCACACACUCUUUUACCCUCCCCAGCAGAGACCCCUGGACCCUUAUCUCUGUCGUACCCAUCUUCUCCUUCUCACCUUCCUGCAUUAUCAUCCCAGUCUCUUCUCCCAAUAUCCUCCACUGCCCCCGUCCCUUCACAAGCCCCUGGAAGGGGUCCAGUUUCUAGUGCCUCCCCAGUCUGCUCAGCUGGGACAUCUGUGCCCCCGUUUUCAACACUAUUAACUAGUGAUGUUGAAACUAAGGGCUCAAGGGUGACACGAGCCGAGGAGGAGGACAGUCUGAGUGAUGCUGGUACCUACACAAUUGAGACAGAGUCACAAGAUAAGGAAGUGGAGGAAGCUAGAAGUAUGAUUGACCAGGUGUUUGGUGUUUUAGAUGCACCAGAAUACAGUGGUCAGACUCUUGGAGUGUAUAGGCCUGUGAUUGAUGAUGGUAAAGAUGAGCAACUAUUCUUUAGUCAUAGCCACGGUAUGGCCGCUGAUAUAAUGUCGACAUCAUCACAGGGCCAUGGUGGGGACCAAGUCAAAUCACUUCAGGCACAUCCUGGAGUAGGAGAGCCUAAAUGGGUUUCACGCUCACGCUGGGCCAGCCUAGCAGACGCUUAUAAUGAUCCUGGGGCUACACAAGGAUCUAUGGGAAUUCCAUCCAAAAAUGGGCCUGCGGAAAGAGAUGAUAGAGUGACAUUAAUGAUUAGUCAAAGCUUGGAUACCUCGGAAUCAGAUGGCAGUCAAGGUUUCAGGACCAGACGACAACUUCCUCAGGUUCCACCAGGAGAAAAACUGGAGAACACAACCCCUAGUAUCUUGAUCCGGCAUGAAACUACCUUUGACCAUGAACCACCAGAGAAAAAUUCUAGAGCACCACAGCAGCAGGACUGCAAUCAGAGGCUACGUGUCCAAGACGAUGUGGACCCAGACAGUCUGAGUGACACCAGCCGUUCAGAUGACAGCUCCAUCCUUGAUAAGAGUGGAAGGAGCCAAGAAAAGAGAGGAACUUCAAUACCCUCACCUUCUGAAAAUGUAAAUCAUUCUAGAGGGUUAAGAGAGAUGCCACCACCCACUCCCAAACCCACUUCGUUUUAUAUUGGUUCUGAAGAUGGUUCAUCCAAGUCAGAUGCAUCCAAAAGUCCAAUUCUUUCGCAGCCAGAGAGAGACUUCUCUCCUAAGAUACCUCCAACCACUGUCUUGAUACGACAUUUGAGUGGCCAUGAAUCGAGGCGUCCAGUGAAGCCCAACUCGUCAGCCCCGAACCUUCAGGCACAUAACAGGGAUGUGGUGCCCACCAAAGAGACCUCAACCUCAUUUGUUCGACAGGAGAGUUUUACCAAAGAUAGGCCAAGUGACAACAUUCAAGUCAAGAAACUACCACAUAUCUCUAGUCAUCCUGCUUUGAGAAGCUUGGAUACAGAGGAAACUGUCCAAGAUACAUUUCCCUUUCCUAAGGAAGCAGAUAAAUCAUUGGCAUCACCAGAAGAGAAGUUCAAAACAGGAAGCUCUCCUGAACAAGAGGAUUCCCUGUCCGGUGAUUCAGAUGUUGAUACUGCCAGUACUGUAAGCAUGGUCAGCAGUAAAAAUGCUCAUGUCACUGCACCUAAGAAGCGUACGUCUGCAAGUGACCAGCGUAAGGAGAAAUCAUCUUCCGUUUCAACUGUAAAAGACAAAGCACGGCAACCUACAGCACGUGAACGAUUAUCAGAAAAACGCAGAAAUCAUGCCUCUGCAGAUAAUACUAGUAAAGCUGAAAUGAGUCGCCGUCUCCAGCUUCGUCGCAGUGCUGGUAACCGUGGUUCUUUAGACCUUUCGGAUAAUCAGCAUGGUCAACCGUUGUGGCAUGAAGCUGCUGCUUCUGACCAUGAGUCAAGUUCACGGCCCAACACCCGCAAAAAACUCACUGCACCCCUGCAGAAGGAGGACCCCAGUAAGGUGACCAAAGGAAGCCCUCAGGUGCUGACACGAUCCAAUAGCCUUUCAGCCCCAAGACCAACCCGUGCCUCGAUGCUCCGCCGAGCUCGACUAGGUGAGACCUCAGACAAUGAGGGUGUAGAGACGGACCGUGCAUCUCAGAGCUCCGACCACAGCAAGACUCCUGCUGAAGGCAAGAAACUCUCAAGGCUGGACAUUCUUGCUAUGCCUCGGAAACGAACUAGAUCCUUCACUGUUCCAAGUGACAACGAAUCCACCUCAAGCAAGCAUGGCAUUUCUAACCAUCCUACAGAGGCGAGUAGCAGUGCGAGGAAAGGGGCUUCAAGUGAGGUGAGGCAGGUUACCGGCAAAGGGACUGCAUCAGUAGGGAAACACUCUUCCACGCGUACCCGCUCUAACCAAGUUAAACAUAGUAGCACAGCUGGUUCCCACCGUAGACAAAAGGAUUCAGAAUAUUCCUCUACCUCAGAGGAGGAGUUUGAGACCAAAUCCAACUCUAAGCAAAAGCGCUCCCAUGCCUCAGCUUCAACUCAGACACAGACACCACAGAAGACUGUUCAAAUGAGGCUGAAAUGUGUCUCCUUGGAAACGGAAGAGGACGAAACUCAGAAUGAACACUUCCAAAAUUGGUCUACUCAUAGUGCAGAGAUUGCCAGGCUGAGUCAAGAUCUGGCCAAAGAUCUUGCCAUUCUUGCACGUGAAAUCCAUGAUGUAGCAGGGGAUGGUGACUCCCAGACAUCCUCAGGCUUAGGAGCUACCACUUCCCCAGGCUCCAUGCCAAAUACCCCUGCAUCCACUAUCUCGACCAGAGAGGAGAGACCAUAUGCAUCAUUACAGAGGUUCCUGUUACCUCAGCUGGUACAGCAUAUACCUGAGGCAAGUCUGAACUAUCAAAAGGUUCCUCCAGGCUCAACUAGUCCAAUAGACCAGGACUCAAAUAUGAACGACCAUGACAGUUCCAGACGGCGUCCCUGGAACCGUGAAGAGGUAAUUCUGGACAAUCUAAUGCUGAACCCAGUCUCCCAGCUCUCCCAGGCUAUCAGAGAGAACACGGAGCAACUAGCAGAGAAAAUGAAAGUUCUGUUUCAUAACAAGACUGAAGUCUGGGAGGAAAUCGAGGCAAAAAUCAAUGCUGAAAAUGAGGUUCCUAUCCUGAAGACAUCUAAUAAGGAAAUCUCAUCUAUUCUCCAAGAACUGCGACGAGUCCAGAGACAACUUGAGGUGAUCAACACUAUUGUUGAGCCUGGAGGAAUCCUAAAGAUGCCCCCUAUGGCACCUUCUCCCAGGGGAAAAAACAAAUCUGCUUCCAAGGAGUUUACCAAUCCCACGUCUAGUAAUGCCAAUGCAAGUGCAAAGCGAGGUCCCAAAGGGCCCGAGGGUGGCCGAUAUGUAUAAGAAUAGUAAACAACUGCACAUUUCUUUGGAGACUGCAAUAUUUGUGGCGUAUUUGUAAAAGGACUGUAAGACUACCUGUGGUGCAAAUAUGCGUCAUAUGCUUUCUCUAAGACUGCGGACAUACUUCACAAGCUAAAGUAGGUUGUAAACAUUGUUCUUUUCAACAAUUGUAAUCAGUGGCUUGCUUGAGCGAUUGUCCAUAUGCCAUGUUGUCAUUCAUGAUUGAGUGAAUGCGUGAGUGUUGUGUUGCCGUCUGUUUUGAAAACAUUGUAGCAUUCAAUUCACUUUCCAACCCAAUUCACUGUCAAUCAUGAAAUGCACUUGGCUGCUACAAAUCUACAGCAUGACAAAAGGGUGAAUACGCAAUACUUAGUGCUUGCCUUCAACAUGGGCAUAGACAUUAGCUUGCUUUGCCAGAAAAAAAAAAAUUUACCAGUUGUUUUAGAUAUAAUGCUAUCGUGCUAUAAUGCUAUUAAUUGAAUAUUGCUGCUUCUGAGAAUAUGGCUACUGUUGAAUUCCCAGAUUUGGCAAGUUAAAAUAUUGUUAAUAGUAUCAAAAUUAUUGUUAAAAGUAAUCAACCUUUGGCAUAAAUGUUUAGUUCGGUGACUGGGAGGGGAUAGGUUUGGUUCACUUUUCUAGUAGCCACGAGUUCCUAUAUUGAGAUCAUUUUUUGAAAAUCUAAUAAAAAAAAUUAAUUAAAAUCAACCCGUGGCAAAAAUUUUAAAGUAACACAAUUCCAUAGGAAAACCACAGACUUUGUAAAACGGUGGUAUUAACACAAAUUUUCAUUUCAGUUGAAUAUAUAUAUAUAUAUAUAUAUGGAUAUAUAGACUAGUACAAGCUAAUUUUUCUUCAAAGAAAAAAUAAUCUUUCUCAGCUAAUGUUGUAAACUAUACAGGGAAACCUUUCAACUGGUACUUUAUUUUUAAAGGUUUAAAUUAACAACUGAUUUCAAUAUAAUUGCAUAGAAGGGCGUUUUUAUAACAAUGACAUUUGAAUGAUAUAAGAGUACAAAUACAAUGAAUAUGUAUGUCACAUUCACUGAAUGUCAUGUUAAGAUGUUGUGGAUCAACUUAAGGUUCCCACAAAUCAAUAUCUCAUGGCCGGGACAAACCUAAGUGAACCAGACUUGUCCCCUCAUGGUCACCGUAGUUUUGCAACUACAACACACUGUAUGUCUGGAGUGUUAAGGGUGUUUAAGUUUAAAAGUGUAAGUGACUGCUAGGUUAGAAUCAUGUGUGAUGCUGUGAAGUGUUGUUGCUGUGUGUUACAGGUUAAAACUUGAAAAAACGGGUUACCUUCACCCUGCCCCACUAUAUUAUAUGCUUUUAUGAUUGUAUGCAACAAAGUGAUUGUUUUUUAAUUUGGGCAGACAAAGAGCUAUCUUUGGUGAGAACAGAAAACAGCUGGAUGUAACAGGCUAUCACCCCUACGUUUACAUUAGCCAUGUAUUCUUUAAGUGUCAUAUAUUCUAUGUAUUUGUUACUGUGAAUGUUUUAAAAGCAUCAAAAGGAUGUUUAAAUAUCCUGAAUGAGAUCCACAACAAUAAUGUUACGCUAAUAUUCAAUUUAGGAAAUUGUACAUAUUUGUAAGGUAACAGUGUUGAAAACCAUUGGGUUAGAGUUCAAAUUAGACCUUUGGGGUAAGAUGCCCCCCUGAAGAAUUCACCUGGAGGGCUGUCAGAAGCUUUUCAAUAAAACCCAUAGCCUAAAUGAGUGAAAUUAGUUCAUUUGAAUUCAGUGUGGCUAUUAUGACAUAUCUUCAAUUAUAAUAGGGUCAAUGAAAUAUGUAAAUAUUCAUAAUUACAUGUAUGUAAAUCAUGGAAUAAAUUUGAAUCAUGAAGUCAGAUGAAUCUCUUUUAACUGGGAUUUUGCCAUAAAUGAUCUGUCAUAAGUUCUUCAAUUAAAAAGUAAUGCUCAAUUGGUUGAUUUUGAAUUUUAUGAUUAUGACUUUUAAAAUAAAUCGUUUAUACAUUCAUAGUUUCCCCCAGGAAGGGGCCAUCUUACGUUAUAAGAACUCUCUUAAUUUUACAACGUUUCUAUUUAUUUUACUUAAUAUGACUGAUGCACUGCACGUUAAACUUAUAUCUAAAUAUUUUAAGUUCCAAAGUUGAUGUACUGUACAUUGUUAAGGGGGGCAUAUUCCCCCAUUUUAGUUUGCAACUGGCCGUAAUAGAAAUAUUGUGACAACCAGUAUCUUCUGAUGACAACAGCGUGAAUGUGCCGUGAACAGCACAACUGUACAUACAGUACAACACAUCUUUCUGUCUACCAGCGUGCCGUCAACACACUGCAUUAUAACGACACCAUGUUAGUAUUGUAUUUGCUUUGUGUCUGUAAUUGUGAUCUUCCAUUACAGCAUUUGUUUCGAUUUAUUUAUUACGUACCAUUUGACGUUAAAAAGGCUCCUACAAUCCUGGUGUCAAUCUUGGAUAAAAUGUUUCCAAAUAUCUGCACUAAGAAAUGAUUGUAUACAGUAGAUUUGUUUAGUGGUUUAUCAGCUCACCAUUAAACAGUUUGCUUUUUUUUUA